GUGAGAGAAACGUCCCCUGCCCUACCGCUGUCAAAGCCCCGCCCACCGGGCAGCCAGCAGAUGACGCGAGCCGGCACCGGUGGCUCUGUCAGCCCAUCAGCUCCCGUCUCUCACCCUGCUCUUCACUCCUCUGCUCUCCACAGUAUGAUAUCUGAGGGACCAUUCUGCACCGGAUAGUUCUGUCUCCACAGCGAACAUGAAUGAGAUCAAGAUCGCUGUGCUGGGCAGUGAAGGGGUCGGAAAAUCAGCUCUCAUCGUCCGGUUCCUCACCAGGCGCUUUAUCGGCGAGUACGCGUCCUCUUCAGAGUGCAUAUACAGAAAGCGUCUGUCUGUGGACGGGAAGCAGAUGAACCUUGAGCUCUAUGACCCAUGUUCUCAGGCCUGUGAGGGCAAGUCUACUGUAAACGACCAGAUCCACUGGGCUGAUGGUUUCGUUGUGGUCUAUGAUAUCAGUGACCGCUCCUCCUUCCUCACUGCCAAAGCUAUAAUGCACCUAAUCAGAGAGCUCCACCUGGGACCUGCCAAAAGGAAUGCAGACCCGCUCAUAUUCCUGGUGGGCAACAAACAGGACCUGUGCCACAUGAGAGAAGUGCGGCGUGAAGAGGGUCAGUGUCUGGCUUCCGAGUUUCACUGCCAGUUCUACGAGCUGUCAGCCGCUGAGCACCACCAGGAGGUGGCGCUCAUAUUCUUCAAGAUGGUGCAAAGUGCCAGCUUGGGCAGCAAGGCCAAGGAGCGCAGGAGACGCCCCAGUGGCUCCAAGUCCAUGGCCAAACUCAUCAACAACGUCUUUGGCAAAAGGAGGAAAUCAGUGUGAAGUGUCAAAUACAAGGACAGCUGUCUGUCAAAGCUGGACAAAUGGCAUUGGACUGAACACACCUAUUGGCUUGGCUUUGUGACUUUGAUUGUGAUUGGUGUUGCUGUUGAUUAAACUGACGUCUGUAUGUACAAA